GGCAGCGUAUAAAUGAUCCAAAGAACCACAUGUAGAUAAGAGCAGCUCUCAUUCACGUCAUUGCAACGGCGGAAAAAAAAAUACUCCGUCGCCGCGACACGAAAUGCAGCCUCUGCACUUGGACAGAGUCCUUUCCCCGGCUUUCAUCCCCGAUCCUCGAGCCCUUUACCCAGCUCCGUCUUCUUGUCCGGACACCAUACGCCAGGCGGAGUCUCCGGCCAAGAAGCGGCCCUUCACCGUUGAGUUCCUGCUCUCCAAGUCUCCUCCGAAGGUCGGGUGCAGGCAACCCUCGGUGUGUCACGUACCCGUAUACCCCGAGGCUGGGUGCGGGAAUUAUCCCGUUCCCGGGAAUUAUCCCGUUCUCUGCCAAGGCGCAGGACACAGCUGGCCGCUUUACAGUGCGUGGAACAUGUACAGUCCAGCCUGGAGAGCCGGCCUGUCUGCUGUGACCCACUCGAUUCCGGCCACAGAGCGCAAGGCAAAGCGUUUCAGGGCCAUCUUCACUCUGGAGCAGCUAGCUGUCUUGGAGAGCGAGUUUAAGAAACACCAUUAUAUAAUCGGCCCUCAGAGAGUGGCCUUGGCCUCUGCUCUGGGAUUGACCGUCCUCCAGGUGAAAGUUUGGUUCCAGAACAGGCGGAUCAAAUGGAAAAAGGAAGUGGGAAAAAAUCAGCGGGUUAAAACAGAUGCAGGGAGCGAGUCCCAAGACGAGAAGGUCGGUGCAGCCGCCGAGGACGUUUCUCCCACCGAACAACGCUCGAGCGAUCUCUCCAGAAACUAGAAGCUCCCGGUUUGCUGAAUGUGUUGGCCAACCAGGGUCGGCUCCGGCACUCUUGAGAAGGCUUCCUAGUUCAAAUGUUUUUUAUAUAAUAUAACGAAAGACAGAAACUUGUUAAACAAGACUGAUGGCAUUGUCAACCUUUCCCUCCGUUUUAUGGAGAAACUGAUUGAUUUAGUGUAUAAAACACGGACUGACCUCACUCCCCAACAUUGUUUAGACUUUCGCUCUGGGAUCCAUAUACGAUAGGUUUACCAUCGGCGCAAACGUUGCGGUAAAUAACUCGAACUGACGGACAUCACAUGUGAUUGUAUCUUAUCAGCGUUGCGAUGGCGGUGUCAACGGAUCGUGGCAAAUCCAUCGGAAGUCGCCCUUUGUGCAGCUCCCGAGCGGGGGAAGGCAACGAAAGAGCUCUGUGGAGAUGGAGUGGGGCGAGACUACUGUAUUCCUCUUGAUUCAGCAACACUAUAGUACGGUCCCUGAAACCCACUUCGCCAUUCACUGAAUGUAUGAACUCAAUGUUCCCACUUUUCAAUAUCCCUCAAUAACAUUGGUUUUCAGAUCAAGAAUAAAUUGACAUUAGCCAAUUAGAGGACAGGUGGGAUAUUGGGCUCCAGCUCUUGGUAAAUUUGAGGACAUUCUCUUCUGUUUCAGAACUGGUGCAAGUGAUGAUAAUCAGAAUGUUUGAACUUUCAUGCCAAAUGAUAACUUAUGUUUUGAGGAUUGAUGGCUUGAAUCAAUAAAACAGUGUAAUAUUAAGUAAAAGAGAAGUGCUGGAAGUACUCACAAGUCAAGACAACCACAGCGCGGCGAGAAAUGCAACUCCUGUUUCCAUGACCUUUUAGAUGUACAGCAUUUGAAGUAUUUUUGCAAUUAAUUUAUACAGACCUUAAUCACUGCCUACCAUUGCCUUGGUUUACCUGAAUGCCAUAUAUACUGGGUAAAAAUCCUAAUUUCAUCUGCAAAAUAUUUCUGCUCCUCUAAUAAAAAAUAAAUCAGAUUUGUACUUCACAUGAAAGAAACCAGAGCAUUUUCAAUUUACAAGCCCAGCCUUGUUAACACCCCUGUGAAGCACCUUGGAAAAUUUUCCUAUUUUAAACGUGUAACAAAGCAAUCAAUUUCUUAUAUUAGCAGGUUCAGAUCCUUGCUCAGGCAGGAAUUAAUUCUAACCAUAACCAAUCUGUCAAAGCAGUUCGUCACAGUAGAUUUAAGUUGUAUCAGGUGAUAGUCAUUAAGGCAGCUCACUCUUCUUAGGCAGUGGAAUGAUUACUGGCCUUUUGAAACAGGUGGGAACUUCAGAUCACAGGAUUUCAUUUCUUUUUCCGAUCACUGUCAGUCUCAGUUUUUGCACACACCAGCCUUUCCUGAAGACACUUGCACAGCGCAGUGAGCGUGUGGCCGCCGCUGCUCUGGGAAAGGGCUCCUGCUAUCUACACUAUCACUACAUUACAUUAACCAGUGCAAUUACUGAUGUCAUAGCCCAGGUUUAUUCCCUCGUAAAUCACAUGGAUUAUUCUAUGAGCAUGCUCUAUAUGGCAUUAUUGCUUGACAAUAUACUGUGAACUGUGUAACAGUGGAAGAUGAAUGCGACUAACUAAGGUCUCUGAAAGUUGGAUUGUAUUUAUGGCCUAGAAAUCUUUGAUAUACCUUUGUCUAAAAACUUAAUUGCCAAACCAUAUUUAA